AUGAAGAACGGCGACGACUCGCUGCUCUUCAAGUUCUACCGGAUGUCGCCGGAGACAUUCGACGCUCUCCACGACAUGGUGCGGGACCGGCUGUCGAAGGAAUUUGGAUACCUGUCAUCCGGCAUGCUCAUCCGAUAUGCAGCGAUGGCCUUCAGAGUGGGGCUGGAGACUGCACGGGAGGCGAUUCACCUAACGUGCAGCGUGCUGUGGGAGGUGUUGUCCCCUAUGUACAUGAAGCCUCCACCAGAGGGCGACUGCAGGGACAUCGCUGCAGGAUUUUGCAGCCGUUGGCAGUUCCCCAAAUGCCUGGCACCCAUUCCAUUGUGCUCAUGGCUGUGGCCGACAGCCAGUACGUACCUGUUCCGCCUUAUUGAUGUGGGCGCACCUGGAAGGUUUAGUGAUGGGGGAAUUUUCAAAAAUUCCCCCAUUGGCAAACGACUGCAUGAGGGCAAGCUCAAUCUUCCUCGGGCAGCUAUGCUACCGGGGUCUGAGAAAGUUUGCCCUCAUGUGUUUGUUGGCGAUGAAGCCUUCCAGCUGCGUCCCGACUUCAUGCGGCCGCUGCCGGGCACCAGGACUGAAGCUGAGGAGGUCAUCUUCAAUUACCGCCUCAGUCGUGCCAGACGAUGCGUAGAGAACGCCUUCGGGAUUCUUGUUUCGCGUUGGCGCAUCUACGAGAGGCAGAUCAACCUGCAGCCUGAGAAUGCGGACAAUGUUGUGAAGGCAACCUGCAUCCUUCCCAACUUUUUGUCCAUGACCACCAACGCUGCUGCGACAUAUCGCCCACCUGGAUAUGCGGACUGCCACGACGUGUUCGGGUCUGUCCGCAACGGCACUUGGCCACAAGGGACGGCAAGUGCUGCUGUGUUUGGCCUGCAGGGAGCAAAGGUCCACAACUCCACAAAUGUGGCAAAUUCAGUGCGGAAAGUGUUUAUGAACUACUUCAAGAAUGAAGGGCAGGUGGCUGGGCAGUGGGACCUGCCAGGGGUCACAAGGCCGUAA